CGAUUAGGUCAUGGCGCUGGCCGCUCGACUCUGGCGCUUUCUCCCUUCGGGACGCGGCACUGCCGUGGGAACUCGGUUUCUGACGGGUGCUGCUGGCAGCCGCGGGACUUGCGGGCCUGGGCGACUCGGCGGCUCUGAGAACUCUGCAGUGAAGCGAGUCGUCAUCUUGCUGGUGGAGGGUCGUGCCUUCAAUUUGUUAACAACGCAACACCUGUGAAGCGCAGUUGAGCAAAGCACAGUGAAAUGAGGUGAUGGGAAACCCAGGAGCCUUUAAAAGAAGCCUCAUAUUCUCAGCCUUGUCUUAUUUGGGUUUUGAGACUUAUCAAGUCAUCUCUCGGACUGCUGUGGUUCAUGCCACAGCCAAAGUCUUGGGAGUUGAAGAAGUCCUUGCACAAGCAGACUACCUCUACGAAAGUGGAGAAACAGAAAAACUUUAUCAGCUGCUGACCCAGUACAAGGACAGCGAAGAUGCAGAGUUACUGUGGCGUUUGGCACGGGUGUCACGGGACGUAGCUCAGCUUAGCAGAACCUCGGAAGCGGAGAGAAAGCUGCUGGUGUACGAAGCCUUAGAGUACGCAAAAAGAGCUCUAGAAAAAAACGAAGCAAGCUUUGCAGCUCAUAAGUGGUAUGCCAUCUGUAUUAGCGACGUUGGAGAUUACGAAGGCAUCAAGGCUAAGAUUGCAAACGCCUACGUUAUCAAGGAGCAUUUUGAGAAAGCAAUCGAACUGAACCCUAAAGAUGCUACUUCAAUUCACCUAAUGGGCAUUUGGUCCUGUAUCGGACUCUUCAGGAGAGUCCUUGAGGACAAAGGACAUACCAGACCGACCAGACAUCUACCAGGGACUGAGGGUGAUCGCGGGACAGCUCGGGCCGGGUGCUGGGGAGCAGACUCGGCUGAGACACAGUCUCUGCUGGAGCGCAGACCCGGUGGGAGGCGGGCACUCCCUCCGCUCCCGUCAGCCUGUCGGCACCAUCCGGACCAUCGGCGUCACCAUCGGGCGUCGCCAUCCGCCUCACCCUGCUCGUGCGCGGACGGGAACUGUCGGGUGCCGUUUUGUCAUUUUACUUCCUUCUUUUUUAACUUCUCUGAGUUAGUUGUCUUCAUGUAAAAAUAGGGUGGUGAUCCCAUCUCGUUUGGCAGUUAUGAGCCGAUGGGACAGUGCCUGGCACAGAGCGAGUGACUGGCGUGAAUGCUGCGCCGUGUUAUCGUCGCGAGUGCUGUCGCCACCAUUUAUAUUUAAUCACAGAAUAUGUCCUAACUGAUGGAUUGAUGUCAGUGUCUAGACACUUCAGUACGAAUAGUAACCUACUAAAUUUUAUCUCAAGUACAAAUUGUUUAAAUGUGCCAUAAAUUGAUUCCUUUUGUAUUAAACUGCUUUGUUCUCUUUAAGAGGAAGAAAAGGUCUGAUU